AUGAGUAGCACUAAGAAAAAUCGCGAAAAAAAGCCCAGACGUCUGCGAGAUCAACCAACUUUCACUAUAAAUAGGGUGGAGGAGUACCCACCACUACGUUUGCCGCAGUCUCCUCCUACAGUUCAAGAAGCAAUAAAUUUGGUUGAAAAAUUAAUUACGAAACCCAAGCUGGCAAGAUUUCCAAAUUCUUUUAUCAUAUACAGAAAUAUGUAUGUUAGAUAUCUAAAGGACAAUGGCUACAGUAUCCCUAUGACACAUCUGAGCUCUAUGGUUGGACGUUCAUGGAAGAUGGAGCCCUACCAUAUAAAGGAAGCAUAUAGAAAAAUCUCAAGCGAAGCUGAACAAUUAUACGAUCAGAUUAUUGGGUCGAAUCAUCCGCAGGAACCUUUCCCGGUCACUCCUCCAUCUCCUAUGAAUGGAUUUGUUCAUUCUAACGAGGAUCCUUCGUACCAUCCUCCUUCCGUAGCAUCACCACACUUCCCCUGUCCUUCAAAUGAACACAUUAUUCCACCCAACCAGCCAAGUCCUAUUUUUCCAAGUAUCCCAAUGGAUGCUGAAUUUAUUGGUAUUACGUUCGACGUUUUAAAUGAUAUUGAAAAUGAUGAUAUCAACAAAUAUUUGAUUUUUCCAUCCGACCAGUCAAGUACGCCCAGCAUCCCAAGUAUCCCUAUGGGUACUGAAUUUUUUGGUAUCACAUUCGACGUUUUGAAUGAUAUUGAAAAUGAUGAGAUCAACAAAUAUUUUAAUUUUCGAUCAUAUGAUGCAUAA